AUGGCGGAAUCUAACCUCAAUCCGGAGCAUCAGCAACCGGGAACCGGCUUACCUGGCGGUCCACAGCACCCGGGAAUGCAGCAAAACCAUCUGCGUCAUCCAGCUCCAUUUUUCAACGGUCCACCAUCAUCGCAACAAUCAGCGAAUACCAGCUCAUCUUCUACAGAAACCACCUACCAGCUCUUUCAGCAGCUAAUGCAGCAGCAGCAAGAUUUCUUCCGGAGUAUCAUAUCAUCGAUCAAUGUUCAGGUCCCUCCAAACCCUGAAAUGAUUCUCGACUCGCUGGCGAACAACAUCAAAGAGUUUCGCUACGAUCCGGACGGAAACAUAACCUUCGCUGCAUGGUAUGGCAGAUACGACGAUUUGUUCGAGCAAGAUGCCGCACGGUUGGACGAUGAAGCGAAAGUCCGCUUGCUCAUGCGGAAACUAGGAUCAGCAGAACACGAACGUUACGUGAGUUAUAUCUUGCCGAAAUCGCCAAAAGAUUACAAAUUCAGCGAUACAGUGGAAAAGCUAAAAAUUCUUUUCGGCGCUGCUGAGUCUGUCAUCAGUAAACGGUAUCGGUGUCUACAGCGUGAAAUUGCGCUUCUGAACCACUGUGUGCUGGCGAAAAUCGAAGAACGUGAUGACGUCACACUAGAGCAUCUUUCGGAAGAUUGUCAGCGAUUGUUGUGCCUGAAACGGGACACGGCAAUGAUCGAGUCAUCAGCAUCAACGUCAUCAGUGAAUUUCAUCAAGCGAAAACAGCAGUUUUCAAAACGUCAACAUAAGCCACCAGUGGAGUCAGCCGGACCAGACAAGAGCAAACAAAUACCCUCUACACCCUGCUGGUACUGCGGGGGAAUGCACUUCGUUCGAGACUGCACUCAUCGGAGCCACAAAUGCAAGGACUGCGGCAACAUCGGACAUCGCGAGGGAUAUUGUUCCUCUGCCAAGCGAAAUUUCAAGACCAGCCGAAACAGAAAGCACCCAGGAUCGUUAAAAACAAAAACCGUAAGUCUCCGUAUAAAUACCGUCGAUCAAAAGCGCCGUUUUGUUAAAAUUGUGCUGAACGGUGUGAAAGUGCGUCUACAGUUGGACACGGGGUCUGACGUAAGCAUCGUUUCGAAACGCUUGUGGGAGAAAAUAGGUAAACCACCCACUGCACCAGUAAAUGAGCUAGCCUCAACAGCGUCAGGCGACCGAUUGCAGUUUUUGUUUAAGUUCAGCAGUCUAGUUUCUUUCAACGGUGAACAACAUCACUGUCAGUUUUACGUGGUCGAAAACCCGCUUUAUCUUUUCGGAAUCGAUUUGAUGGAAGCAUUCGGUCUCUUUUCAUUACCCAUUAACAUGUACUGCAACAACGUCAGUGUUCCUGCUAUCACUUUGCAGUCACUCAAAGCGGCAUACCCGAGUGUAUUUAGAAACGAGUUAGGGUUGUGCACGAAAACAAAAGUGAAAUUGGAACGGAAACCAGAUGCAACUCCAGUUUUUCGUCCGAAACGUCCAGUGGCUUAUGCAGUACACAGCACGGUUGACAACGAACUUGACCGACUGGAACGAGCAAAAAUCAUCACACCGGUAGACUUUUCGGACUGGGCAGCACCCAUCGUCGUUGUCAGAAAAACGAACGGGUCCAUUCGCAUUUGCGGGGAUUACUCUACAGGUCUCAACAAUGCACUGCAACCGCAUCAGUACCCGUUACCGCUACCGGAGGAGAUUUUCAACAAGUUGGCUAAUUGUACUGUAUUUAGCCGAAUCGACCUGUCGGAUGCGUUCCUGCAAGUAGAGGUUGACGAAAGUAGUCAUGAUUUACUAACCAUCAACACCCAUCGUGGACUCUACCGGUAA